AUGCAUCAACAAUCCCGUCACCCGCCCCGGGUGUCCUCCCCCGCAUCUUCUCCCCAGACAAACCCCACACGUACCAACAACCCGAGGGACCGCAUCCGCACCGGCUCGGACGCUGCAGCCCCGGGCAGUCCUCCGGCAUCUUCUGGCGCCGAUACCCCCCGGGAGACCAUCAAGAAGCUGGACCAGAUCAUCCAGAACUUCUACCUCAAAGCCGCUGUGCUCAUUCUAGGGUCUCGCGUGAACCUUGGGCCGACUUCCCGCCGGAACGCCGAUGGGACCAAGGUCGUGAACAAAUGGUUUUCUAUAGACACUGACGAUACCGACGAUUUUCGGCAUGAACUUCGAGUAUACAAGACGUCCGGCUCGUUCGAGAGCCCUCCGCCGCCCCUAGUCAUCGAGACGUACAUCGAUGCCUCCAGCUUAAAUAGCAGCCAGAGCCUGGUGCUCAUCGACGACAACGGAAAGAGGUGGGAUGUUUUGGAAGCCCUGAAUCCUUCAGAAACAAGUGACGAUGGAUUUGGAAGCCGACGACCGCGAGCGCAGAAUACCGAGGUCGUCCUGGAGCGGUGGGCGAUCGAGCUCAAAGAUUUAUCAACAAACGGCCUUGGCGAUUUUGCCCCGACAUUACCGACAUUAUACAAGAGGGCCAUCAUGUUCUUUCGCACACUUUUUGUGGCAACACGCGUCACGCCCUGCUGGAAGUACUCGCAACAAGCGCUCGCCAAGGGAGUCCAUCCGGCACUGCAAGUCAAGUGUCGGGUGUCGACUGCAGAGCCCGAGUAUCUCACCACAUAUGACCCAUUACGACAGCCACUCCACGAGGGAGAUGGGAGGGAGGCGGUGACCACAUAUGAUUUUGGAGAUCUUGACAUCCCCGUGGGCCGAUUUUCCGCCUCGGUCACUUAUCGAAACGAUUGCAACUUUCGGGUAGACGCUUCAGAAUCGUUGCUGAGCUCGCGCUUCAUGGUGGAGGAGAACUUCUUUAGGCCAACCAUCCAGCACCGGUCACGCAGGCAUGGAAGAUCGGACUCGUAUGCCGAGCCGGGCUCGCUCCCAGCUCACAGGCUCGGUCGCGAAACGCCGGGGCCCCAGCAGACGUAUGGCAGUCUGUCCACCUUCCAUGGCGAAGGGGCGCUGGGAACAAGCCCCAUCACUGCACUGAGACAGGUCCGCCCUAUUGGGUCCGACACGAGCUCCCCAUCAGAGUCUACUUCAGCCAGCGUGGAGCGGCCAAGUGCGCCACAUUCAUUACCUAUCCGUGGCGCUCUGACCCGACCUCCGUUGAGAACUGGGGAGGAAGGCUCUCGGAGGCCAUCCGUUUCUUUCCAGCCGUUCAAAGCUGGCUCAGUUUCAGGCUCUCCCAGACUUGCGGAUGCAGACGUGCCACCGUCCCCGCAAUCACUAUCGCGCCCGUCAGGACUCAGCCAGUUUAGUCGGUCUGGCAAUCGAUCAUCGCUGACAGCCGGAAUGGCUGCAUCAUUGCGGGGUCCCUCUGUACCUCCACAGGACGUACCUGUGGUGUCGGGAUCGCCCAAGCCUGGGAACCGGUACAGCAGCAGCUUUACUCACCGACGAGGGCGCCUUUCAUUUGGCGGGCAGAGCAGGGGCGAUGACGAUCAGGCCAGCAGCGGGAAGCAGAGCUUGUCAUCAUCCGCUCAACCUGGAUCGGGCCUUCUGACCGAAGCCGGAGGUAUCGCCAGCUCGGGUUCUUUUGUGACUGAUGACGAUAACAUCUCGGAAUUUCUCAAGGCCCUGGACAGCCACAAGACGCUCAAAAGCUUCGAGGUCAACAGCAAGGGCGAGUCCUCGGCCUCCAAGAGGACGGCCAACCAGCUGUCCAAGUAUCAGAUGAUGCGGGAAACGAACAAUGCCCUGACAGACUCGAUGGCGUCGUCGAUGCAUCUGCAGCGUUCUUCCAGCACGUCAAGCCGCCAACUCGGCAACGUGCCCAGCAUGGCAAACCCGGCUUCCAUGUCGACGUCUACCUCUCCUGGCAAGCCACUCUCGCCACACACCCCUCACACGCCAGCGAUUCCGUCUCGGCUGAGUGAGAAUUCUAUUAUUGAUUAUCAAGCUCAGGGGCAGGUGACCCGCCGUGCUGGUAGGAGUUCUGGUGUCACUGUUGCCGAGGAAGACGAAGCCGAAAAUAUGGAGACUCCUGUCGCGCAGGAGGGCGGGCGAGGCACGGGUGCUAUUGACAUUCCGCUAUCGCCCAGGUUGUACCAUGUGGGCAACCCGAACCGGCGAUCUAGCUCGGUGGUGCAGCAGCACCGUUCACUGGCGGCUGAUGUGGAUUCGUAUCCUGGCCAGCGCAGCGCCAGUGUUGAGGCGGGUGCAGACAAGGAUGUACCGACAUUGAGCACGCUGCUUGCCUAUCAGGGAGGUGCAGGCGGGCAGAGUUCUACUGCGGCAGAAGGCAGUAGCGCGGGAAACAAGGAUGGGAGUGAGAGUCUAGGAGAUGUGCCGCCGGCGGCUAUCGCCAGUCCUUUCGGUGGUCGGGGCGUGCGAUAUCCCGUCAGGACGAAUAGGCCAAACUCAUUUUCAUCGGCGAGGCUGGGCACCAGUGCGGAUGGUCCGACGGAAGAGCCGUUGCUCUUUGAACUGAGUGAAUUGGGACCUGGGAGGAGGAGCCUAGAGGACGGAAGUAAUGAACGGGAACCGGGGUUGCGAGGAGUUUUGAGGAAAGGAUGGUCAUGA